AUGGCAACACGGACGGGUCGCUUCGCCCGCGCGAAUCAAUGGCUACAAUUCGCUCGACAAUGGCAUCUCAUCGACGCGAAUCAUCAAGAUGUGUAUGUGCUCGGGGAAAAGGUAGCUCGACAUCUAGCCGGCAAACAAAAACCUUUGUGGCACCCGGAGGCCGAUUGUGGAGAUCACGUGGUUGUCGUCAAUUGCAAGGAUGUGGCAAUGGAGGGCUUCGAUUGGAAACACAGGAUAUUCCACUUCGACAAUCAAUACCCACAGGGACGAGCCGAUAUUCCCGCUUAUCAAAUACACGAAUACGAUCCAUGCAGGGUAAUCUUCAUGGCCAUUUACAACAAGUUGGGCAACAAUUUGAUACGGCGGAAGCACAUUCAACGACUUCACCUCUUCCCUGACGCAAAAAUGCCCGAGUAUAUACAGAAAAAUAUUGGCAAUUUGUUGGAACAAGUGCAAGUUGUGCCACGAAAGUCGACUGAUUACACGGCUGAAGAAAGAGCGGCUUUUCCGAGAUUGGUUCAUUUCCCCGAGGAUCAUUUCGAGGAAUGGGAAGCGCCGAUCAAACCACCCGGCCGACACGAGAAGCCAGCAUUCGGGAAGGCGAAGGACAAGAAA